UGUAGAAAGAACAUUCUGGAGUGAGCCUAGGAUGCAUAUUUAUUUAUGUAUUUAUUUGAAUAACUUCCUGAGCUUCUCCCUUGUGUGUUCCUGUAGAAAGGUGAAUAAGUGUUACCGAGGACGAUCCUGCCCCAUCAUCGUGCACUGCAGUGAUGGCACCGGCCGUUCUGGAACCUACAUCCUGAUUGACAUGGUGUUGAACCGCAUGGCCAAAGGAGUGAAGGAGAUUGACAUCGCUGCAACACUGGAGCACAUCCGAGACCAGAGACCAGGGAUGGUGCGCACCAAGGACCAGUUUGAGUUUGCUCUGACUGCUGUAGCUGAAGAGGUGAAUGCCAUCCUGAAGGCCCUGCCACAGUGACACCAGGCCCAGCAGAGAACCUGACACACACACACGGUCACAACCACACACACACACACACACACACACACACACACACACCUAACCCAUUGCCAAACUUACAGCCCUACAGUCUAAUACUAACACACCCUUUAUGUGCCACCGAACACUCUGCCAACCACAAAUACACACACACACACACACACACACACACACACACACA